CCAUCCGGUUUGGCAGGAUGCCUCAGUCAGAGAAACUGAAACUCAAGGCGGAGAUGGUGACAGGGGACAGGGAGGAGGUGAACCCCCACCUUGCUGAUCAGAAGACACUGGCCAGGCAGAUAUAUGAGGCCUAUCUCAAGAACUUCAACAUGAACAAGUCCAAGGCGCGAACCAUUCUCACGGGCAAGACCAGCAACCCUCCUUUUGUUAUUCACGACAUGGAGACGCUCCAUCUGGCAGAGCAGACCCUGGUGGCCAAGAUGGUGGGCUCUGCAGGAGCUCUCAAGGACAGGGAGGCAGAAGUUCGAAUUUUCCACUGCUGCCAGUGCACAUCUGUGGAAACCGUCACAGAGCUUACAGAGUUUGCCAAGUCUGUCCCAGGAUUCUCGAACCUGGACCUCAAUGAUCAGGUGACUCUUUUGAAGUAUGGCGUGUAUGAGGCCCUGUUCGCCAUGCUCGCCUCCUGCAUGAACAAGGACGGUCUCCUUGUAGCGUACGGCUCGGGCUUCAUCACCAGGGAGUUCCUUAAGAGCCUGCGGCGGCCAUUCAGUGACAUGAUGGAGCCGAAGUUCCAGUUUGCCAUGAAAUUUAACUCUCUGGAGUUGGAUGACAGCGACCUAGCUCUGUUUAUUGCUGCCAUCAUCUGCUGUGGAGACCGACCAGGGCUGGUGAACAUCCCACAUAUUGAGGCGAUGCAGGAGAGCAUUGUGCAUGUUCUACAGCUCCACCUGCUGGCCAAUCACCCAGACGACAUGUUUCUCUUCCCUAAGCUGCUGCAGAAACUGGCUGACCUUCGGCAGCUGGUCACUGAGCACGCACAGCUGGUGCAAGAGAUCAAAAAGACAGAGGACACCUCACUGCACCCUCUCCUUCAGGAGAUCUACAGAGACAUGUACUGAGGAUCGUUGAGGAAUAACCACGGGAGUGCUUCAAACCCCACCCCACUCUACUUUAUUUUGUUGGGAACAUGAAAAGAGAAACAGUUGUUCAUAAGCUAGGGUUGAACCACUUUAGCUGCCCCAUCACCAAUACAGCUAGAAUAUGUUUGGCUUUUCUGAUCAGCUUCAACUGAUGAUUUUAGGCUGAUGAUUCUUUGGGUUCAACACAAUAUGGACUGUGGCCACAAUACAAACACCAGCAUACGCAUUUUUGACCAAGUUUUGGAGACCUCCCUGGUUGUUCCGAGCCUCAAUAAGCCUGAAAACGAGGAAAGAGAGUGAACCUAAUAAUUGCUACUCAGGUAGUAUGCUUGAACCUAGAAAUUUUUUUAUACAAAUGUGGAUUAGCCAUACACUUUAAGCUUUGAUAAAACUAAAUUCAUUGGCAGCAACAACAGAAAUUAUGCAGUUUUAACGGCAGUGAUGGUCAUCAGCAC